AUGGCGCACGCACAGGAGUCACCGUACGAUGGCGAUUGGAUGCUGUACCUGUCGCAUGUGCACCGCUCGGCGAGCAUGCGUGUACGUCGUCAUCUCUGGGCGAUCGCCCUGGAGCUACGUCGUGCGUACGACGAGAAAUUGGGGCUAAGUGAGUAUGCCGACGUCCAAGAUGAGAACGGUAAGAUGGUGCGGAGCGAGGCGAGGAAAGAGUUUGAGAAGUUGGUCCUCAUCAGGUAUUGUUGGGAUAGGACUUCAGAAAAACUGUACUCGUUGUGA